AACACUUGUCAGUCGACCGUUCGUUGCCAAUUUCUGUCAUCAUUUUCCGACUUGUCGCUAAAUCUAGUCACCCAUAUCAUUCUUAGGAGUUAGACAGACGAUUGAAAUAUCUUUGAAACGUCAAAGAAAUACCACUCCCAUUUUUGGUUGUGAGUUAUGUGCGUGUGUAUACGGGAGUUUUUUGUGUUACGUGUAGCACCUUACACUCUGUUGACAAGCCCUGUUGGUCUAUACACCUCUUGGGUUUUGGCCUAGCUCUCAGUUGAGUCUUUCAUUUCUCAUUGUGUUUACGUGUCUUAUUCACGGUUCGCGCCAGCCCAGGAUGGACAAACUUUUCAGUGAUUGUCAACACAAAAUCAUUACCUGACUUCCCUGCCUUUUGUGUUUUUAACAUCUUAACUUUUGAACUGACAACUUAAAUUUUUUAUUUGUGUGAAAUGAAUACCGUACUUGAAAAAGAAGAUAUUUUAGUGCAUGCUGCAGAGUUCAUCAAAGAUCAACUCUACUUUGCCACUUUAAAGGUUUCUAUCAGACCCAAAUCCACACCAGACACCCACUAUUUCUGCAUAGAUGAUCAGCUCGUGUACAGAAACUUUUAUUCAGACUUUGGGCCGCUUAACUUGGCUAUGCUCUACCGGUACUGCCACAAACUCAAUCGCAAGUUGAAGGCACCCAAUCUGGCCAAGAAGUGCAUUGUCCAUUACACAACUGAAGACCAACAUAAGAGGGCCAAUGCUGCCAUGUUAAUAGGCUCCUACGCUGUGAUUUAUUUAAACAAGAGCCCGGAAGAAGCUUUCCGGUUAUUGACGAGUGGAAACAGCCCACCCUUUUUACCGUUUAGAGAUGCUUCGUACGGCUGGGCCGAAUACAGCAUUUCUAUUUUGGAUUGUUUGCACGCCAUCGAGAAGGCCAUCAAAUUCAAUUUCUUUGAUUUCAAUGACUUUGACGUCGAAGAAUAUGAACAUUACGAGCGAGUGGAAAAUGGCGACUUUAAUUGGAUUAUUCCUGGCAAGUUUAUUGCAUUUUGUGGCCCGCAUUCCACUAAGAAUGAGGAAGAAGGCCAACACACCCCCGAAUCCUAUUUCAACUACUUUCGCGAGUACAACGUAACGACCAUUGUUCGGCUGAAUAAGCGCAUCUACGAUGCAGCCCGUUUUACUCGAGGGGGAUUCCAACACCGAGACCUGUUCUUUACCGAUGGCAGCACGCCCAGCGACCUCAUCAUGGAGCGCUUCUUGAACAUUUGCGAAGCGACUAGCGGCGCCGUGGCAGUUCAUUGUAAAGCUGGACUGGGGCGGACGGGUACGCUUAUCGCCUGCUACAUGAUGAAGCAUUACCGCAUGACUGCCCACGAGACCAUUGCUUGGCUGAGGAUCUGCCGGCCUGGCUGCGUCAUUGGUCACCAGCAAACUUGGGUGGAAAGCAAACAAUUACAGAUGUGGCUACAGAAAGAUGAAUACGACAACGCUCACAAUGGGCAGUCUUUAGGGAUAGUUUGUGCUUAUCCUGUCCAUAGUUUUAAACAGCGUAAGCUGUUCGAGUCCACUGCCAAUUCGAAUGCCAACCACAAUAGCCGCCAUGCCGGUAAAACAGCUGUUUACCUAUCGGAGAUAUGUGUCACGGGCAGCAGCUUGAGCACGGCCAAAUGUCCAAAAUUAGCAGACAAUGGCAAUCGAAUCAACGACGAUUCUGGUGCUUCGUUGCAAGAGACCACCUGUCGAUCCUUGAUUUGCAUCAACAACACGACAGAGAAAGAAGCCGACAGUGGUAGCGUCCGCAGCAUCCUCAACAUUUUGGACAGUUUUAAAUUGGAAGACAUGAAAGAGGACAAGACUUCGGCGUCCAAUUCUGCAGGCAAUAAAUCGGUGCUCACGGUUGCAGAGAGUACGUUGUUGGCUGUUCCGGUUGAUCCGAACGCCAACGCCACCGUCAAGCAAGAGCCGCUCAAGGAGAAAAAGGGCAGCGUGUUCAACGAAGAAUGUCUCGUUAACGGCAUGUCGCAGGGUGACCGCCUUCAGCAGAUCAAAUCACUCCGACGACACGCAAGAGCAACGACAACCGGAGCUCUAAAGAACUGUGAUGAUAUCGUCCUGCAUAGAAGCAACAAGGCAGUCGUCAAGAGCUCUGAUUUGAGGCCAACUGACGAGGCUACCCGUAUCCGUAGCCGAACGUCUCAGCGUUUGCAGACGAUUGGCCAGGGAGGCAUUCUUCUGCCAUCUCCGCUCAAAUCGAACCGAGUGAGUUCGGCUCUGACUGUCGGUGCAUCUCUUCUCAAUUCGUCACAAGGCAGCAACAGCAGCGGUGGUAGUGGAAGAUCACCCAAAACCAUCGACGAUGACGGUAAAGUGAGUGGCGAAGGUACUCCAGCGGGAUACAAACGCGUUACGAGGUCUACCACUACGACAAAAAGACAUGCUUGGCUGCUGAGCUCGGGUUGUGGUGUCUAUCAUGGCCAUGCAGGCUCCUCAUCUUCUCGUCUUUUGCGAUUGUCGCUAGGUGCGAGUAAGCGGGCGGCGGCAACGUCGUCGGGGGGAAUGCUGGGGCGUAAUGGCCACCACAUGGUCACGUCCCCACAUUCCACUUCAGUGGAAGUUCCUCCACCCUCCUCUUCCAUCUCCUCUUCCCCAACUGCUACCGGCUUCUGUGACUUGAAGACCAAGAGGAAAAUCAGAGAGAAAACUUUAAAAACGAACCGUUUGUCAAGCCCAUCUUCUGGCCCGUGUCCUGUCAUGCCACGCGAUCCCAUGACGGACGGCCCGGUCGGUAAGACGUCGCGUACGAUCGCGUCUCGCCGGCCGUUGACACGUUCCGUCCUACGCGCAUCUCUGUCGCCAUUGGGCUCUGGCCCGAUAACUCCGUCCGGCAGCAGCGCCAGUAAAAAAGUAUUGGCUCAUCACAGCUCGCCGUCAGUGAAAGCGUCGGGUGUUGCUCAUCCGCGUCGCCUUCUGGCAACUCACGCCCCUCUGCCAAAAUAAUACCAAGGAAUGUGAAUCCAUUUCUCUCACACCCGCGUAAAACAAUCGUUACAUACCCCGAUUUUCGUCUCUCGUAAAGACGUACGCGCACUUGACGUCGCUACUGACCAUUUACAAUCUCAUCUUUACAAUCAGAAUUUUAUUAGAUUUUUUUUUUUCAAAUUUGGAAAAUAGUAAUUAUAAUAAUGUGUUUUCUUUAUGUUCCUAAGAUUCGAUUCAAAAUUCGAUUUCGGUUAUCGGUUUUUUUGAACGGUUAGUCCCGAAGGAAGGACGUAUUUCACACAAAUGGUCGAUACUUCGUGUUGUUUUUUUUACUCCCGACCCUGUAUCGAAAUCUUUACUGUCCAAUUUCGUUUGAGUUCAUACGAUAUUGUUACACACUGACAAAGCUACUCGUCCGACUACCCAAUUAGGAUUUUGUUUGGUUGCUGCUGCUAAAUUAACGAAAUUAGAAUUUAAAUACUUGUCUUCUUGACUUGGCUUUUUCAAUGGGUUUUGGUUGCAAUAUUAUUUGAUUUUCGAUGGUUUGUGUCCUUUACAAUAUUCUGCCUAUUCCCUUCACGUUUUGAAUGCAAAGCCGCAAUCUGCUUUUAACCUACUCACUUUAGUCGCACCUGCUAUUCUCCUCCU